GAAAGAAAUUAGAGAACUGAGUUCCCAGACACUCCAAUAUCAACUACACUUAAAUCAAAUAUGCCUGGUUUCAGUAACAGAGGGUAACCAAUCUGCAAUUAUUUAACUGGAAAUUAAAUUUGAACAAUAGGUUUAUUUUUGGCGGGCUUUUUUCCAGAUUUCAGUACAUUUUGUGGAGGAGACGGUUAUUUUCCGCGCUUCUACUUUUACGGACUGCUGAUUGGUGAUUAAGGCAGUUCUUCGAUUGGGACAUUUGUCUUCACCAAUGAGAAUAAGGACGAUCACACCAAUCACAAACAUCACUUUGCAUUCUCAAAGAGGGUAUAAAAAGGGCAAGUUGGGGCGGGGUGAACAUUCUUUCAUUCUCAUUGGAGUAGGUCUGUGACUGUGGAAAUGUCUGGACGUGGUAAAGGCGGCGCAGGCAAAGCUCGAUCCAAGGCCAAAUCUCGCUCGUCUCGGGCUGGACUGCAGUUCCCGGUCGGCCGGGUUCACAGACUCCUAAGAAAGGGCAACUAUGCUGAGCGGGUGGGUGCCGGAGCCCCGGUCUAUCUGGCUGCUGUGCUCGAGUAUCUGACGGCCGAAAUCCUCGAAUUGGCCGGCAACGCGGCCCGGGACAAUAAGAAGACCCGCAUCAUCCCCCGGCACCUGCAGCUGGCCGUCCGCAACGACGAGGAGCUGAACAAGCUGCUGGGAGGGGUGACUAUCGCUCAGGGCGGUGUGUUACCCAAUAUCCAGGCCGUCCUGUUGCCCAAGAAAACCGGCGCUGCCAGUAAGUGAAGCGACGUAAGCUGAAUCUAUUUACCCAAAGGCUCUUUUCAGAGCCGCUCACAAUGUCUGUGGAAGGGCUGAGCGGCGGGUUCUAUCCGUCCUUUUGAUACCCUGCAUCUGUCCGUGCCUCGACAUGUUUCUUCCGCGAAAGAAACCGGAAUAAAUCUGCACAGAAACCGGUUCGUUUCAGUCCCGGCUCGUUUUCCCCUCUCAGCAGACCGAAUGAGCUCUCUCCCCUUGCAGAGAGUCAGCGGGUUCC